AUGGUGUUGAAGAACAUAAUGACGAUCGCGAUGAUGAAGAUGAGUUUGGAGAUGAAGCUUCGCCUACAACCUCCUCUGUAUGUCGACGGAGAAAGUGAUGAAGGCGAAAGCGGCAGCGAAGAGGACGUUGAGGAACAGCACGAAGAGCAAGCUGAUGGCGAUGCGAAGGCAGUGACAAUGCAGGAUCUGAUGAAGAAAGUCGAUCAAGACAAGCAAAAGCGGAAAGGAGAGUCUGUUCGUGCACAAUCCGAGAUAUGGGAGCAGUUACUCUAUGUGAAAAUUAAGCUGCAUGCUGCCCUCACCGCCUUUAAUCAGCUGCCACGAGGACAGUUAGCCAAAGAUCUUUUGAAGGAAGCAGAUGAAGAGACUGCGAAUAACUUGAAGCAAGCUCAAAAGAACGCGUUGAAAUUAGUUUCUGGAUUACUAGAAGCUGAGAAUCUUCUCCUGUCCCUGUCUUCCUUCACACAGGCUAUGAAUGGAGAAGGAGGCGCAGCAGAUUCUGGUGAUGAAGAGAUUGAGAGCAGCGAAGAUGAGAAAGACGGCGAUAGCGCCGCUGAAGCU